GCUAUGCCAAUAGAAAGCGAGCGCCGCGCGGCUUGCUCGAGCAGCCAGCGAAUCGCUUGAGCGUACCGCGAGAAGGCCGUACGCGCGGGAGUUGUUGCUAGGUAGAUUUAAGAUGGCGGCUCUGGAUAGGGUCAAGGUGCUGGUGUUGGGCGACUCCGGUGUCGGAAAGUCUUCGCUCGUGCACCUCCUGUGCCACAAUCAGGUGCUGGGAAACCCGUCCUGGACAGUGGGCUGCUCGGUGGAUGUGCGAAUCCAUGACUACAAAGAAGGGACUCCAGAAGAGAAGACUUACUAUAUUGAGCUGUGGGAUGUUGGAGGUUCAGUGGGUAGUGCCACUAGUGUGAAAAGCACAAGAGCAGUAUUUUAUAACUCACUGAAUGGGAUAAUUCUAGUGCAUGACUUAACCAACAAGAAAUCAUCCCAGAAUUUAUAUCGCUGGUCUUUGGAAGCACUCAACAGAGAUGUUGCUCCAACAGGAGUUCUUGUGACAAAUGGUGACUAUGACCGUGAACAGUUUGCUGAUAACCAGAUUCCGCUGCUGGUAAUAGGAACUAAGCUGGAUCAGAUCCCAGAAACUAAACGUAAUGAAGUUUUGACUAGGACAGCUUUCUUGGCUGAAGAUUUCAAUGCUGAAGAGAUAAAUUUGGAUUGCACCAAUCCUCGUUACUUGGCUGCAGGCUCAUCCAAUGCUGUCAAACUAAGCAGAUUUUUUGAUAAGGUCAUAGAGAAGAGAUAUUUCUUAAGAGAUGGUAAUCAGAUUCCUGGCUUCUCAGAAAGAAAGAGAUUUGGAGGAGGAACACUGAAGAGCCUUCAUUAUGAUUGAACACUGAAAGAGAAAUAGAAGAUGACUUCUACAAGUUUCUGACAACAUUCUCAUUCCCACCGGAUGCUUAAAGACAAUAAUUCUUAUGUCAAGCAGAAUAAAAUGAAAUUAUGCUUUGGCCAGGUAGACUGCUGAAGCUACUUUUGCCAGAAAAGACUUUAGGAAGAAUUUCCAGAAACCUAAUUUGAAACCUAAAGUCCUUCUUAAGAUUGCCUGGAGAUAUGGGAACAUUUGGGGAAAGUGUGCAAUAAAUUCAGUGCCUCCCACACCACAGUGGUGAACUAUCAUGCACAGCACGUAUAUUUGACAUCUUUUUUUCCAUUUAGGAAACUUAUGGAUAGUCUUUGCAAUGAAUUACAUUCAUGUUACCUCUAACAGAAAGAUGAUACUGAAUGGGCUUCUCAUUUACAGUAAAAUGAACAAAACAAGUGAGCAAAAUGUAAGAAUGAGUAAGGGGUGGUCUGGAAGAUAACAGAAUGCUAUCAUUAAAUGUGUGGUGUUGUUUCACCUGGAACACGCUAUUCAGCCAUAUUGAAAAGGGAUAAAAACAAUAGGUGAAAGAUGAAAAAGGAUUUGAAGCCUAAAAAAAUCACAAGUGGAAAACAAAUUCUGCUGCUUAAAUUAAAAUUGCUUACUUUAGAGAUGACAAAGUAAAUUAGAUACUUCUGUUUGUCUUUUCGUAAUUGAGUGUUCUUGUUCUUUAUAUUAAAAGGCAACGUCUUGAAAGAUGAUGGAAAAAGUAAAGCUUUAUACAGUGCUAUAUGGAACAAAUGUGGCAUGGUCUUACUGAAUCUGAGAGCUUAGAGAAUUCAGAAAAUGUGAAAUAUAAGAACAUCCAGUGUUAAAAUAGAUAGAAAUGUAAAAGAGGUACAAAGCCCUGAAAAAGAAGAGACCGGGUAUGACUAUAAAGGAAGUUCUGUGAUGUUUCCUUUUCACAUUUAGUGCUAAGGACGUGGAAAGGGUAUUGGCCUCAUCUGCUCUCAGAGUUGUUGGCUUUGCAAAUAGCCCAAGCUUUGCAGAGUUUCUCACCUCCCCAGAAUUAUGUGAAGUGGUGAGAGCCUGAUUCGUGGCAGUUUAUUGUUUCCUUUUGCUUUUCUCUCCUCUCUCAUAGUCACUGCUAAUGGUUAAGCCUCUGGCAAAGGCUAACUAAGAGCUGGAGUUAGAUAUAAAUACAGAUUGGUAAUAAAUGGAGGUAGAAGAAAGUAAAAUACUGGUAUGAAAUUGACAGUGAGCUGAGUUCUGCAGUCUCCAGAUUACAUCUGCCUGCAGCUCUUCUCUAGCAGCUGCCUGGAAAUAAAUGGAAAGCUGCCUAUUGCUGCUAAUCAGGCACAAAAAUGACAGCUAGGUAUACCCGUCAAGCUUAUUAAAAAUAUGAAUACUUUUCCUCAGGCCAUUUUCAGAAAUUGGAAAUUUGCAAACGUGAGUGCAUUAAGUUUUCAGAUGCACGUAUAAAAUAGGUUAUUAGUUUAUGCUUAGUUUAUGAGCAGGAAAAAUAAGGUACCGAAAUAUUCAUAGCAGAUAAUUCAUGUCUGAGCUAUGCAGAUCAGGACAGCACCAGUAUCUGAUUCUGCUCCCUUGACAGUGAAAGCUAGAAUUGUUUUCUCAAGGUCAGAUGCUGUCUUACGGUAAUCAGAACUGGAGUCCCUCCUGUUACCAAGGAGCUGCAGAGUAGGACAAGAAAGCCAGUAAGGAGUAUUUUUUCCUUCACUCGAUGGCUUCUUCAAGAGAAUUGGAAGUGUUGCAGAGUAAGGAAGGACAUUCUACUGAAAAUGCUGCAUGAAACAACAGUUGCACAGGUCUUUGAUUUGUAAGAAGCAGCUUUCCAAAGUAGCCCUCUUCAAUUAAUCAAAAAAAAGAUCAUUGUCUAGCAUGCUGUAGGGAAGUCCUAGUUCCAGCUCAGCUGUGUUUGAGCAUUUUGCUCCUCAGGCUCCCUAAAGAAGAAACAAAGUCAUCAAUUCAUACUCCAGGAACGGAAGAGAAUGCAUAGGAUUUGUGCCUCAGUGGAACUGAAGGCUAUGACAGUCAAGAUGUUGGAGCAGAUUAGAAGUAGAUGCUUUUAGGACAGUAGAAGAGAAGAUAAAGGGAACGGUACUGAAAAGAGUGGAGUAUGUGGACAAGCAGUGCAAGGUUAGCAGAUUGAAGUUGGCUUGAGGGCAGAGCUCUCACUGCAGGCCCAGCUAUGCUCCUCUGGGCUCACUCAUCUACCUGUGAGCCAUAUAACACUAGUUUUAAAUUGUCAUCAGAAAAAGCUGUGUUCAUUUUUCUCCCAAAUAUUUAUUGUCCGUGCCAGGUUAUUUCCAUUUACUAUUGAAUUGACUUGCUGCAUUGUCUGACGAGUGACUUCAUGGACGGUCUCACUAUCUCAUCUACUAAGUGGAGGCAUGGCUUUGAUGUAUCUGUUUAUCAAAUUGUAUCACAUGGUUUAUCAAAUACACUGGGAAUUAAAGAGUUUA